GAAUAUAGUCAUAAGAAGGAUUGGAAUAAUUAUAAUAUUUAUAAUUUAAAAACUUAAAUAUUUUCUAUUAAUAACGAGUUUCAUUUCAGUAUGUUUUAUCCAAUGUUUACAAUAAAUGAUUCGAUAAGACCCUGCGUAUAUAAUUUGUCGUUACGUUUCGUAAACGAUAAAUAUAUAGCAAAAGCAAAGUGUUAAUGUACGUUGAAUUAUUUGUGUAAAUCGGUAGAUAGGGAAACGAUCAAUAAACAUGUGUUUUUUCCCCUUCGUGACGUCUCAGAACGGGUUAGUUCACCUUACACUGCCUGUCACACUGCAUGACACAUUAAGAAUAUCAAAGUUCGCAUAUGAAACACAUGUGUACAAACAGUGGUUUACGUGCGUAUUUUUAACUAAUACGGAAUGAGUAUAUGAGGUUCACAUUCAACGUUAUAAGUACUUUCUUUUUAUUGUCAUAAAGUCAUGCGACUAGAAUACAAAAAGUCACUGAAACUCGUGUGAACAUGAUCGAGCAACGAAAGUAUACCGACCGAGUAUACCAUUCAAAAGCAAACACUUCGAUUCUAAACUAAAGUUACACGACCUACUGGAUAAAAUAUCCAACAUGAAUGGCCUGCAGGAGUGCUGUAAAGCCAUCACAAAACGGCAGGUCGAUGGCGACGAGCUGCUGCACUUGACGGAAGGGAAGCUGGCGUUGUGGAAGAGUGAUCUCACGCGUCCAUUGAUAUGGAGUCUCUUGACAUUCGUGGAGGAAGUAAAGAAGACACCUGAAAAAUUCGUAGAAGAAAAGAUACUCGAGAUUCAAUCGAACGAGGACCCCUUAAGCGACACCGGAUCCUGGGGGACCGACUUCGAAGACGAAGCAAACGAGGAAAAUACCUUAGCAGAAACUCAAAAAGUUUCUCGAUCAAAUUAUGGAGCCAAAAGUAACAACCAUAAAGAAAAUAACGUGGACCUUAAACAAGAAGAUGUCCGAGCAAAGGAAGCAAGGUCUAGGCAAGAGGAAGAAGGAACUUACGCCAAUUGUGGUCCCAUGCAGAAUGACGAGAGCACGUAUGCAAAUUGUCAGGAGACAAGCACUGUGCCAUUAAAGAAUACGUCCAGAUUGCAUAGCCAAAUGGAAAAGUCUCUGGCCGAGCAACUUAAAGAACAAUUAGAAUUUAGAAAUACCAAAAAGCCGAUGGCAGUACCGAAGUCUGAAGCAUUGAAAGGAAAAAACGUGGAGGUCUCAGCUCUGAAUGUUACUCAACCCCGGAAAUCGUUUCUGCAUAAUGCGUCGAAAACCAGGACGAACAACUCUAAUCAGAAAAGAAUGACAGUUCCACCGCCACCACAGCCAAAAAAGAACAAAGAUCAAACGAUCGUUGAAAAAUCGAGCAAAGAUCAAACAAAGCCUCCUGCAACGCUUAGGAAUCUCGAUCUGGUUGCGAAUUUGCCUGCAAGAACAGAAGAGAGCGAAGACGAGUAUGAAGCGUUCGAUGAACAAAUAAUCGAACAAAAUCAAAAGAAGAACAUGUUGAAGGUGGACAGUAAGCAAUCGUUGAGCAGCGGUCAUCAAAGUUCCGCGGAAAGUGUUUAUCAACCACCAAGUAUUACGAGCUACGAGGAAGAAGAAGAACAUUACGAGAUCUAUGAAUCGAUUACGGAAACAUCAGAUGAUAAUGGGUACUAUUUAAAUCCCAUUCAGAUGCCGAUAAAUACAAAAUCACCCCCACCAUUACCAGCGAAACCUCCCCAGUCAUCAACUACCCCCUCUCUAACUCCAACUCCAAGUCGAACAAACCUGGACAAACUAAAGGAGAGAUCUCCUGAGAAGAAAUCGGCCACAUUGCCUCAUUCUCAUAGCAAUACUUCUUUGUCAUCGGAAAGGGCUUCGAGACCACUACCUCCGCCGCCCGAGAGACAAUCAUACGUUGAUAAGCCUUGGUUCCAUAAUGUUACCAGAGAACAAGCAACAUGUCUUAUCAAAGAACAAAGUACUUACAGUAAUCCUCAAGACGGAUACUUUCUCCUGAGACCGUCUACGACAAAAGUGAAUAAUCCUUUGGCUUUGGUGCUCUGGUACAAGGAUAGGGUGUAUAACGUUCCAGUCAGGAAGAGACCUGACAAUAGGUACGCAUUAGGAUCAGCAAAAGUAAAUGAGAAAUCGUUUUCGAAUGUCGAGGAAAUCGUAAUGUUUUACACGCGAGAGGAACUAGUGCUUCAUAGCGGUGGCGUGGAAAUGGGGAGCACGAAAUUAACAGAUACUCCGCCUAAAUAAGCCUUUGAAUGCUCUCACAUACCAGCUUGUGCAAUACAAACACUGCCCAAA